CAACAGUAUUCCUAGUUUCUUUCACCGACUCUUCUAAUCUCUGCGAUCGUACAUCAGAAACCUCUAUCUCAUCGCCGAGGAAAAAAGAUCUUACAAUGGCUAUUAACACCAUCACGAACGAAGAAGAUGAUGCAUCAAACAACUUUGGAUGCAAUAUCUGUCUUGAAUUGGCAAGAGAACCGAUCGUGACUCUAUGUGGUCAUUUGUUCUGUUGGCCUUGUCUCUACAAGUGGCUCCAUUACCAUUCUAAAUCAAAUCAUUGUCCUGUUUGUAAAGCUUUGGUUAAGGAAGAUACUUUGGUUCCUUUGUAUGGAAUGGGUAAGCCAUCUUCUGAUCCGAGAUCGAAACUCAAUAGUGGUGUUACUGUCCCUAAUCGACCAGCUGCGACUAGGACUGAAACAGCUCGACCUCGUCUUGAACAAAGACAUCAUGGGUCUAGUUUCUUUGGUGGGCAUUCAAGUUUUGCUGCCAUGCCAACUGGUUUACGGUUUUCAAAUUUCUUGUUGUAAUGGAAAGUAUCUUUUGAUGAAUCUGAGUCUGUUUUUUUGACAAUGUUUUUGAAACUAUUAUUAUACAUUGUCUACGAUUUUUGUUAUUUUGACAAUUAAUGUUUAGAGCUACUUUUACAUUC